UUUUGCCCUUGGUGUCGCCGGGGUAUAUAAGUUGGCCCCUCCAGCACAGCAAGCAUCAGAGUUUCGCCAGAACCUCCUGAGGAAUACCAGCACCAUGAACACCCUCAUCGUCUUCGCCGCCCUCAUCGCCGCCGCCAGCGCUGGCUUCGCCGGAUACGGCUAUGGCGGAUACGGCCUCGGCUACGGCCAUGGCCACGGCCACCACGCUGUUGCCGUUCCCGUCAAGACCGUCUCCUACGUGAAGAAGCCCGUCGUCAGCGUCGGCUACGUCACCAAGCCCGUCGUGACCUACGUCAAGCAGCCCGUUGCCACCGUCUCCCACACCGUCCAGCCCGUCGUGUCUGUCAGCCACGCCCUCGUCUCCGCCGGCGGAUACGGAGGAUACGGAGGAUACGGUGCUGGCUACGGCGGUCUUGCCGUCGGCGGCUAUGGCGGCUACGGUCUUGGCGGCUAUGGCGGCUACGGCCACGGUGCUGUCCUCAAGGGAGGUUAUGGAUUCCACUAA